CCCGCGGAUUCCCGCUGAAUUUGCGCUGAAUGCUCACAUUUCUGGGAUGGGAUUUACAGGGGCAAUGGGUCAAAGUGUUAUUAUUCGUGUUGCUUAUUUUCCUUAUAGAUGUUUAAAUCGCUGCACCCUACUCGCCAAAAUUCCGACGCUGUCCGUGGCGGUGAUGUCUGCCGUGUGAGUGCACCAAGAAGCGUUCGGGCUCGAUGGUGCAGCCGGCCGGCCCGGAGAGCUACGGACCGCCCGAGUCUCCCGGCUCGCUGAUGCGCUCUCGGCCCGGCUCGGUGCUGUUUCUGCUGGGCACUAUGCUGGUGCUGGGCUCUCUCUCCGUGCGCCUGUCGAUGCCGCCACGCCCGCUGCCGCUGCCGCACUUUGAGAAGGCGGCGCUACACCGCGGUAUCGGUCGGCCCCAGGUGCAGACGGCGCGCCACCUGCCACCCAACACAGUGCCCGUGUCGGUGCACUUCCACUCGCAAUAUGACUGGUCGUUUCUGCGCGGCCUGAACAUCAACGACCCACGCCGGCUGGACCGGAUCAGACACCGCGGCGGCGUGCCGAUGGGCACCUCAGACCCCAGCUGUGACGACGGCAAGACGAAUCUGACCCGGGACUGGGAGGACGGCUCCGAGCCGCACCUCUGCCCGGCGGACCAGCGGCUGCUCGACGUGCCACCCAAAGCUGGCCGAGUCGACUGCCAGCGCCGCCUGCCGGACGAUAUACCGCUGCGGCACGUCUGCAUGAACGAAAGCCUGUCCUACUCUGCCGGUAUCCCGACGUACGGCCACCACCGCCCCCUGUGGCCCGUCUACGGCUCGUACCGGUACCUGCCGCCGCAGCGAUGGCUGCACAGCAUCGAGCACGGCGCCGUGGUGCUCCUGCACCAUCCGUGCGUCGACCCCGACCUGCUCCGUCAGCUGCGCUCGCUGGUGCAGCGCUGCAUCUUCAAACACAUCGUGACGCCGUCAUGGCGCGUGGAGCGCACCCGGCCGCUGGUGCUCGUCGCUCACGGAUGCACGUUCCAGAUGGCACGUGUCAGUACCGAACUGGUGGUGGCGUUCAUUCGGCGCCGCGCGCUCGCCGGCAAGGAGGGCCGACUGGCCGAGCAGGGUCAGUUUCGCGACCAGCUGACGCGCGAGGCGCGUGCGCCGCUCGGCUCGGACGUCAAUGACACGGUGUUGUGUCCGUUCUAUCCGCCACGUACAGCCUCUGAUCAGCUGUUUGACGAGUGGCGCUGACGAGAGACGCCAACCGCUAUCAGACGAAAGGGUCUACUGAACGACUGGUCUAUCACCAGCUAGAACACAUCGCUCAGUGAUGAAACUCGAGUCACGGCGCGAGGAAGCGGUUGCCCAUGUGUUACAAAACGACACCGACUACGCGAAAAUAGGAGAAGUUAGAAUCGGAUGAAAGGAAUAUGAAGAGAGGGUUUAGAUGCAUGUUUGAAACCGAUUGUUAUACGAGUACGGUGAUAUGUGACGAUCUUUUGAACAGCUCACUGACUUUGAAGAGAACUGACUUGCGCUCGGAUACUGACGGCACAUACGAACCUCCGCGAAUAGAUAAUAAAUGAUCAUGCUGGGAUCAUAUACUAAAUGACAUUCCAACUUCCAAGUCA